GGCAGGUAAUCCCGAGCCCCAGGGACGACCGAGCGCGGACGGAGGAAUCCGAAGUGGCCAGUCGGCGCCGGGCAGAAGUGGUGCUCGCUGAUUAUCUGUGGAUAAAGCUGUGCCUAUCCGCGAGCACUAUCAUCGCGCGCCGUGACAGCGGUGGUCCGAGGGUGUGCGAUACGGUGCAGACGGCAGCCCUGGUGACUGGCGCCGCCGUCAGUCGGUCGCCGCCCGGCCAGGUGCGCUGCCGGUGUUGUGGUCCGCCGCCGCGCUGCAGUCUCCCAGCGGUCCGCGCCGCCAACGGCAUGCGAUCCGACUUCAACUAGAACUCAGACGACUCGAUACCACGUAGAUCGCAGAGUGAAUGGUCGACAUCAUGAGGCGCGCCGAGCCGUCAUCCAGCUCCUACAACCACUGGAAGGAGGAUGCCUCAAUAGAUUCCAGCUCUGUGGGCGGCUACAUGCCCGACAUGCACGGCUCUUUCGGCGAGGGCCGCUCCAGCAAUGGCGUUCGGAGGACAGAGUCCCCGGACGAGGGCGCCAUGUACCUGCUGGAGCACCUGGCCACGUUCACCGUGUCGCCCGAGAUGGGUACCCUGGGGCCGCGCGACGGCAUGCGCCGGCUACUGCAGAUGGAGAAGACGACCGGCAUCUGGACGCAGAAAAUGGAGCUGCGGCUGCGCAACCAGUCGGUGGUCAUCGUCGACCACGAGAACGGGGACCUGGUGGAGCGGUUUCCCAUGCACCUGAUCCGUGAGCCGACCGCUUUCACCUCCAACGACCCGAAGGAGCUGUACAACAACAUCUUCAUCUUCAUCAUCACCGAGGACCCGAGUCGCCACUCGAUGAACCCGCCCGAGAUGCACAUCUUCCAGUGUCUGCGGGUGUCUGCGCAGCAACUGGUCGAGGAGAUGAAGGCCUACCUCUCUGGGAAGCAGGUGCGCCCGCAGCGUCUACCGCCGCCGCCCAGCAGCCCGCCGCCCGAGCCGCCCAACGGGCUGUCGGGCCGGGACCAGCUGGCCAUGUUCAACGCCCAGUCGCGCCAUUUCGAGAGUUCGCGCCACAGCUCGCGCGAGCGGGACCGCGCCGGGAGCGAGGCGGCCACCGACGAUGUGUCGUCCACCUCGUCGGAGAAGUACGAGCGCGACGUGUCCGUGCUGAACCACUGCUUUGACGACAUUGAGAAGUUCAUCGCGCGGCUGCAGCACGCCGCUCAGGCCGCCAGGGAGCUGGAGAAGAGGCGCAAAUCCCACAAGACGAAGAAGAAGGAUCUCGGAGAGGGCAUGCUGUCAAUGCGGGCCAGGCCUCCUCCGCGCAGAGAUUUCGUGGAAAUCCUGCAGAAGUUUAAGCUUUCCUUCAACCUGCUGGCGAAGCUGAAGGCGCACAUCCACGACCCGAACGCUCCGGAACUGGUGCACUUCCUGUUCACGCCACUGGCGCUGAUUGUGGACGCGUCUCGCGACUCGAACCACGGCGCCAACCUGCCGGCCGAGGUGGUGGCGCCGCUGCUGACGCGCGACGCCAUCGACCUGCUGGUCAACUGCCUGACCAGCAAGGAGUCCGAGCUGUGGCACUCGCUCGGCGAGGCCUGGUGCCGGCCCAGAGACCAGUGGGAGGGCCACCUGCCCGUCUACAACCCCGUGUUCCUGGACGGCUGGGCGCCCGACCUGCGGGACGACGAGCGCGAGCGCAGCCGGCGCGCCUCCUCGGCGGCCGCCAGCGAGGCCCAGCGGCUCCGCGCCGACAAAAUACGCCGAGCAGAGCACGAGGCGGAGAGGCGCGAACUGGCGGCCAGAGAUGACCGGUACCCGGACGACCGCUACUACGACUCCGACCAGCCCAGCCUGCCGUCCCCGUCCAGCCACGGCGGCUACCGGCGGCCGCAGCGCAGCAGCCGCGAGGAGAGGGAGCGCACCCGCACCCCGUCCUCAGAGCGCGGCGCUCUUGGUGCCCGCAGUGACGCCAGCGUGGACUCGGCGGGCGCUGGCGGCUUCGAGCGCCAGCAGAGGCUCUGGUACGACGACCUGAAGAUGCGCGGCGUGCGCAUCGUGCAGGUCACCUACCCGCGCACCGCCAACAAUGACAAGGAGCUAACGCUCACCCGCGGGGAGUACCUCGAGGUGAUUGACGACAGCAGGAAGUGGUGGCGGGCCAGGAAUAGCCGCGGACAGACGGGCCACGUGCCGCACACCAUCAUCACCCCGGUCGGCGCCGACGACUCGGACCCGGCGGCCUCCGCUGACUGGGCAAAGAAGGAGAAAUCAGGCAAGAAAGAGUUCGAGCCGUACUCGCCGUACACGAGCGACGACGAGCCGGCGACGCGUCAGCCGCCGCCGCCGACCCCACCACCGCCGCCGCCGCCGCCGCCCCCGCCCGCGGCCAUCUUCCACGAGGCACCGCUGGCGCCGCCGGCCAGCUCGCGACCCAGCCGGCCCCGGCCCCGACGACAGCCACAGAACGAAGUGUCGUCAGCAUCGGACUUUGACGAGGAGCUGCGCUCCGUCAUCGGAACAUGGAGGACGAAGAAGAAGAUCAUCAUUCCCAAGACACCGGACGCUUCCCUCUACCAAAACUCGACCCCUGCUGAGGUUCAGGAGUGGCUCAAGAUCAAGGGGUUCUCCGACAGGGUCCGCAAGGCACUGAAGGAUUCGAAAGGAGAAAAACUUUUCCGGUUGGAGAAGCCCAGGCUAGUCAAACUUUUCGGCAAAGAAGAGGGAGGGAGACUUUAUUCACAGAUCACUGUCCAGAAGAAAAAUAAUGGGUUCAACACCACCAGAAACGACGACAUGUUGAUGAGGUUGAUGGAGGAGAGACGCGAGAAGAUCAACAGCAACACCGACGACGCCAUCGGCGACCUCAACCGCUGCAUCGGCGGCGACAGCGACAGCGGCGACAGCAGUGACGAGAAGACCAUCAAGUCGUCGCCGCCGACGGUGCGCCGCGUGUCGCCCUCGGCCGCGGGGCGCGCGGGGAGGGCGUCCGGCUCGGCCCCGGCCCCGCCGCAGCCCGGAAAGUCGGCCGCCAACGGCCACAAGCCGCGCAAACCGGCGCCUCAGGCCUCCUCGCCGCCCAAACAGCGCCAGUCGCUCGACUCAGUGUUCUCGCGUGACUCCGCCGGCGGUGAAUCGGACGCCGAGUCCGUGGACUCGAUGGAGUCGAGCAGCACUCUGAGGGCCAACAUCGAGAUGCAGCGUCACCAGUUGGCGAUGCGGGCCAACAGGGCCUUCCUGCCGGCCCUCUAGCUCGGCACAGCGCGGCGCGGCAGGGCGGCCGUGACCGCCAGGGCAGAUGUGAACUCCGUGUAUGGUUACUCAUUCGAAGCCAUCUCUACCAGACAUACCUAAGUGUAGUUUGAGAUGGCCCAUAUAGCCUUAAGCUUAGCAAGGAAACGCAACCCGCAUCAAAUGGUCGCUAAAACUAAUAAGGAAAGGAAAAUGUGCGAAAAAAUGCGACAUUUGGUACCCCAUAUCGGAGGGCCAUAAGUGAUUGUUAUACAUUUGCUUAACAAUGCCUGACACGGUUUACACGCACAUUUGAUAAUAAAAGCGUGUUUUUUAGUUUUUCUUGGGCAGAUUCUAGCAAACAAUAAUUAUAUUGUAUAAAAUAAGUCUAUGGAUAAUGUGCAUACCUGUAACACAAUUAUCAGCUAGGUCUAGUUAUGCAAGAUUAAAAUGGUUGAAAUAGGCAACAUUAUUGAAUCAUUUGAGUAUGUAUCGUGACAUGAUGCCUUUUUGAUGGCAGGAUAAUAUGCCCAUAUGCUGGAGGCGCUGAACAGAGUGUGAGGUUAGAACUAUUCACAGAGGCUAUAUAUUCACAGAAGCUAAAUGCUGUUUAUGGCGUAUGUUGAGUUGACUGAUGUCUGUAGUUGAAUGAGAGGAUUAUCACUAAGACCGGCUUGAUAUGCUAGAAAUCUAGGAAAAAGUAAGUUCAUGGAAUACGAAUCGGUGACUGUAUAGGUCUAUAUGUUGGAAAGGUGAUUUCCGAAAUAUACAGCCAAGGAUCUUGAUAAAAGGAAAAACAAUCAAUGUAACACUAAACAUAAUCGGUCAGAUUUGAUGCUUGCGUUGUGGGUCAGGUCUGCUUUCAUUGGAUCAUGUUCUAUCAUUCCUUAUUAAAGAUAAAAAUGCGCGCUUCGGCUCAUGUCAACGUAGUGUCCUUGAUUUCGGUUCCCUCCCUUAUGAAUCGACGAGGGAAACAAUGAAGUGACCAGUGCAAACGGAAAGGACGUUUUCCUUUGUACCGGCUCAUCGCUGCGCUAGACGCACUGCUGUUAUCAGAGGCAUGGGUGUGUAUCACCCAUGCCCUCUAUAAUGAUGUACUAAUGAUUUUAUGUACGAGUAUGUGUGUGUGUACCUUAAGAGAUGUAUUGCAAUGCUGCGACAGAUUGCAUCCUUUCUGAAUGCCAUUGGAAAGUGAAGGACAUAGGUGGCGUGCUGCGCACUCAUCGGUGCAAAGUGGAGGCUAAAUGAGGCAAUACACAACGUUGAGUACGA